AUGAGCAAGGCUAGCCAGGACGUGUAUACCGACCAUCCAGCGCACACCGUUCCGGGAAUGCGCGAGCGUUCGCGACCGGGAACUGGCGGCGAGCCGGUCUACGACACCGUGUCGGAUGUCCACGGCCGCCGCGUCUCGGGCAAGCCCGCUAAUCGCGCCAUCCUAGCGGACCAGCGCGCGCGCGCCGAGCGAGCGCGUAAGCGGGCCGAACGCGAAGCCGCACCACCCGCAUCCUGGUCCAGCUUCUUCAGCAAGCUCUUCCUCUUAGCCCUCUUCAUCCCAGCCCUCUCACACUUCCUCACGGGGACGUACCAUUUCGGGCUUGAGGAUACGGUGCGACCCUACGCCCGAAAGAUAUGGCGACACCACAUGAAUCCCUUUAUUUCGGAGGGGGCCCAGUUCACACUCCGUGAGCUGGCGGAGUUUGAUGGUUCCGACAAUAAGAAGCCCGUGUAUCUCUCCAUCGGGGGAAAGGUUUACGAUGUCUCGGCGAACAGGAGGAUUUAUGGGCGCGGAGGGUCGUAUAAUAUGAUGGCCGGACGCGACGCUUCCCGCGCAUUCGUCACUGGGUGCUUCGAGACUCAUCUCACACACGACUUGCGCGGCCUGAACGAGGCCGAGCUCAAGGCGCUGCAGGGCUGGCAAGAUUUCUUCGAGAACCACGCGCGCUACUGGCCUGUCGGGCGGACCAUCCUACCGCCCAUCAGCCCCAACACGCCCAUUCCUCCGCCGUGUCGUGAGCAAGCCGGCAACGCGCCUGGCGCUACGCACCGCGGAAAGCCGCGUCCAGACCCCGUCGUCAAGGCGGGCAAGUGA